CCUUUCCCCAAUCCCUCCUCCUCCUCCUGGGUCUCGCCAAGCGCAGAGUGAAGUGUGUUGAGGUGAAUGGAUAGGCGGAGCAGCGGCCAAGCCGGACUCAUGCGGAAGGAGUAUUCCCGGCUGGUGGUUGAGAAUUGACAUCUGAAAAGUUGCAGAAUGUGAGAACAUGAAGCCUUGACAAACUGUAGAAAGAUAGCUACAGGGACAGCUUCGAAAUUGCCUAAAUCUUUAUAGAGAAAGUGGCUGCAAGUAAUUGAACUGACAUUCACUAUCAACUUCUGAGCGAAGUGCUGUUCUAGUGUGUAUCCUUCUUGUAGUCAGCAUGCCAGCUUUAUCAACUGGAUCUGGAGGUGACACAGGUUUGUAUGAGCUGUUGGCUUCCUUGCCAGCCCAGCUGCAGCCACAUGUGGACAGCCAGGAAGACCUGACCUUCCUCUGGGAUAUGUUUGGAGAAAAAAGCCUUCAUUCGUUGGUAAAGAUUCAUGAGAAACUGCAUUACUAUGAAAAGCAGAGCCCUGUGCCCAUGUUGCAUGGAGCAUCAGCCUUGGCAGAUGAUUUGGCUGAGGAGCUGCAAAGCAAACCGCUGAACAACGAGAUCAGAGAACUCUUAAGACUACUGUCAAAACCCAACCUCAAGGCUUUGCUUUCUGUGCAUGAUACUGUUGCUCAAAAAAACUAUGAUCCUGUCUUACCCCCCAUGCCUGAUAAUAUUGAUGAUGAUGAAGAUUCUGUGAAAAUAAUCAGACUUGUGAAAAACAGAGAACCACUGGGGGCUACUAUUAAGCGGGAUGAACAUACUGGAGCUGUUAUUGUGGCUCGGAUAAUGCGAGGAGGAGCUGCAGAUAGAAGUGGUUUGAUUCAUGUUGGUGAUGAACUUAAGGAAGUUAAUGGAAUUCCUGUAGAUGAUAAAAAACCCGAAGAAAUUAUACAAAUUCUGUCACAAUCACAAGGAGCCAUUACAUUUAAAAUUAUACCCAGCAUCAAAGAAGAAAACACUUCUAAAGAAGGCAAGAUCUUCAUGAAAGCUCUGUUUGACUAUGAUCCCAUUGAUGAUAAAGCAAUUCCCUGUAAAGAAGCUGGACUUCCUUUCAGGAAAGGUGAUAUUCUUCAGAUUAUGAGCCAGGAUGAUGCAACCUGGUGGCAAGCCAAGCUUGAAGGUGAUGCCAAUCCCAGAGCAGGUUUAAUUCCUUCAAAGCAUUUCCAAGAAAGGAGACUUGCUUUGAGAAAAUCAGAUGUACCGGUUCAGCCUUUGAAAAUUUCCAAUAGAAAAAUAUCUGAGGAAGCAGUUGAGUGUGAGGAAGUUGAAUGUGCUGGUCACAACAGUGGAGGCCAUAUAGCUGGCUUUAGGAGAAGUUUUCGGCUAAGCAGAAAAGAUAGAAAAACAAACAAGACCAUGUAUGAGUGCAAGAAGAGUGACCAAUAUGAUACGGCAGAUGUCCCAACCUAUGAAGAAGUAGCAAAGUAUAAACGACAACCAAAUGAAAAAUAUCGAUUAGUAGUCUUGGUUGGUCCUGUAGGUGUAGGACUAAAUGAGCUGAAACGGAAAUUGCUAAUCAGUGAUACUCAGCAUUACGGUGUGACAGUGCCACAUACAACACGACCAAGAAGAAAUCAAGAAAGUGAUGGUGUUGAAUACACUUUUAUUUCAAAGCACCUGUUUGAAACAGAUGUACAGAACAACAAGUUUAUUGAAUACGGGGAAUAUAAAAACAAUUACUAUGGCACCAGCAUAGACUCAGUUCGAUCUGUUUUGGCUAAAAAUAAAGUAUGUUUGUUGGAUGUUCAACCACAUACAGUGAAGCAUUUAAGGACACUAGAAUUUAAACCAUUUGUCAUAUUUAUAAAGCCUCCUUCAAUUGAACGCUUGCGCGAAACAAGAAAAAAUGCCAAGAUUAUUUCAAGCAAGGAUGAAAAAGGUGCGGCCAAGCCUUUUCAAGAGGAAGACUUUCAAGAAAUGAUCAAAUCUGCACAGAUUAUGGAAAGCCAAUACAGCCAUCUUUUUGACAAAGUUAUAGUGAAUGAUGACCUUACGACAGCUUAUAACGAAUUGAAAACAACCUUUGACAAACUGGAGAGAGAAGCAUUUUGGGUUCCAGUCAGUUGGGUGCAUUCAUAACAUUAAACAAAUACAGGUUUCAGAAUGUUUUAAUAAGGUACUUAGUUGGAUCUAAAUGAACAUUUGUUGGUGCGAACCAUUUCUAGCUUUGACAGACGGAUGCAUUUACAAACUUGGUGCAGUGGAAUGUUGACCUUAACUUUUCUGUGUAUAAAUCUUCCUGUUGGAAAUAGGAUUUUGGAUGCAGAAGAUCACAGUGAAGCCUUAUUUUUUACCAGGUUGAGUUAAAUGCAUCUUCAGUUUCAGUGAUAGCAUUAGUAAUUUGUAUUUCUCAUGGGAAACGUGCUUUGAGUCAGGAGCUGAUUAAAGGUCUGAGAUCGGUGUUUGUACACAUUUUGAUAAUGGAGGUUUCACACUUAAAACUGGAGGAAGUAUACAUUUCUUUCACAUGAGAUUUUUAAAAACUGAAUUAUGACUAAUAUGGGACUAUGGGUGCGGGCGUGAAGGAAUGUGAAGUGUUGACUUGUCUUCCACAUUGAGGCUCACUUUGUCAAGCAAGCUUAUGUAACUUUAGAUUUUAUCAUUUAGCAGUAAUAUCCUCCAUCUUGCUCACUCCCUUUGAUAGGAGUAAAAAAAUAUAAGAUAUCUUAAGACACUAUACCUUGGAUUGGCAAGAAGUCUUAUCUAAAGCACUAAGAUGGCAGAUUAGAAGUAUAGCCCUUACGUUAGAGAAAGUUGUUCAGAUGGUUUUUAUUUAUACGACUGCUUCAUUGUUUAAUAUACAUCUUUCUAAAACAACCUUUGAGAAAACCCAGAAUCUAUUUUUUAAAGUUUUAAAAACUUGUAAUUACACCAUGUUGCUUAGUCACAAACAGUUGAAACCUCAAAUUGUGUUCUCUGCAAUGAAGAAGAGCACAGUUGGAAGAAAAAAAGAGCAUGCUGGUGUUUCUGCAUUUCUUCUGGAUGCAAAGUAUAUUUGAAGAUUUUAAGAGGGAGAUUUUUGUGCAAGUGAAUAUGUCUUACUGAUAGCAUGUGAUGGUGAUGCACCACAGCCUUGGCAUGCAAACAGGAAGCUGGUUAUUUUAUUUUAACGUAUAAAGGAGUUAGCUGUCUUAUUUAAGGGCAAAAGAAUUUAGUGAGUCUAUAUAUAUUUAUGAGAAGACGUGAGAAGGGAUAUUAUUUUUUUUUUGAAUUUCUUGUCAAUGUGAUCAUUUAUUAAACAGAUCCGUAGGUGUCUGUGAUUUGAAACAUUGCCUUUAUAAACUCAACAUUCCUUGUAAAUAUUUUAGUUUAGAUACAGAUAAAACACCAGGCCUUUGCAAAUGUAGCCUAAAUAGAUGGUUGGUUUUUUGGUUCACUGCAUUUAUGCUUUAAAAUAGUGUAAUAAUAAUAAUAUUUUUAUUAUUUCUUACCCGCCUCUCCUUGUGGCUCGAGGUGGAUUACAGAAUAAUUCAAACACAUAAACAUUGUAAAAAUUCCACAAAUACGCAUAUUAAAAUGUAUUUCUAUAAAAGAUACAUAUUUUAUGUAAUGCGAGGGACAUGCCAACAACCCAAACAUAGUCUCUUGGAAACAUUUAUGCUACUUUGAUGCAUCCCUUUAGCUUGGCACUGAACGUACAUACAGUCAUUUGGAGUGUCUCGGGUUUUACUACUUUCCUAAGAGGCAGCCAUGUUAGUCCCUUGCUGCAGAACCAACAAAGUCUUGUGGCACUUUAAAAAACAAGCUUAUUCAUUAUAGCAUGAGCAUUUGUGGACUACAGCCCACAAAGACUCAUGCUAUAAUGAUUUUUUCAUAUUUACAUUUUUUUUUCAGGACUCAUACUGGUUUUAUUGUUUUGCUGAAUCAAAAUUCAUUUUACUACAGCUGCAUUUAAUUGCAUGAGAAAUAAUCGAACUGGAAUAGGUUGCUUUUCAAAUGUUCCAUUUUUAAAAUACAGUUUUGUAUAAAUCACUGUGGUUUUUCCUAAUGGUCAGGUACUAACUACCAUUGAUUUUCUGUAGAUACAACAAGAGCCAGAACUUAAAAUUGCCUGGCCAUCUACUAAGGUCUAAACUUUUGUAUACAAGAGGAUCCAAAGUGUUUCUUAUGGAUUAUGUCUGCUUGUAAAUGUUAAUGUAAGGGUCUAUUCUUAUGAAAUGUUUGUUGAGGUCAGGGUAACAUUUGUCCUUUAGGUAUCAAGUGUUAUGGCAGCUCAGAUAAUUUCUGGUAUUAAUGAUAUUGCUUCACCAGUGACUGCUGCCUAAAACAGAGCAUUUUAACAUUGUGGUCUUCCCAGCAAUAAUUGAGACUUAUUGUGUGUGUAACAUUGCCUUGUUCUUUGUGUGGAAAAUGAGAAUCACCAUAUUACAAUCUUGGAUGGAGUUGACCAACUCUGCAUCGACUUUAAACAUCUUUGUUUUAAUAAGAUAAGCGCAUUUGCCCCAAUCCAGGGGCUCCAUGUUCCUUGAGCUUUUCAUAUGCAAAAGCGAUGUAUUUUCUUCAGUGUAGUGGAAUGCUCUACGCAUGCACUUAGGAACUGCUUGGCAUCUUGGGGGAUAUAUAUUUAUAUAAAGCAUGGAAUAUUUACAAAAAACAAAGAGACCUGAAGUCAAUUUUUGUUCUAAAGGCGAAAAUCUCUUAAGUUUUAUUUGUCUCUUGAAGCUAUACAGCAUGAUUUUGAUGACUGUGUUCUCAUGUUUUAAAUACAGGUGACCUUAUUGAAUUGUUGUUGUUUUCUGUCAUCGUAAAACAAAUGUUGUACUUUUAUACUGUUGGACUCAGAGCAAUACUAGACAUUUUCAUGAAUUCUAUUACCGAUGAUGUGCCUGAAAUACAACUUCAUCAUCUUCAAUCAAUAAAUUAUUGACAUAA